AUUUCCUUGCUGCCUACAUUUUUAUUAAAUAUUCUGUUUAUGUAUUUACGGAAUACAUAGAGUUGCUGUUAGCACAAAGGUAACGUUAGCCGUGACGUACUACUGAGCCAAGAGCGACUACGCAAACGUGUUGUUUAUAUGGCUUUGACUGUGAAGAUGUUGUCCGGAGAUGACCAGUUGUGUCUGAACAUCAGCAGCGGUUUGCCCUCAUCGCGGUCUUACAGGAAGAAGCCCCAGAAUUCACAGCAGCGAUGGGUCAAAAAGAAGAAGAAGCAGCAGGCGGAGAAGAGGAAGUCCAGCUCCACUCCCUCAGAGGAGAAAGGACACACUUUGAAACAGAGGAGGCUGCAGCAAACAGACACAGCAGAGAAAGAGGCGGAGGAGGAGACAGCGACUCCCCCUUCUCCUCCUCCUUCACCUCCUCCUCCUCCUCCUGCCAAAGCUUCACCUCUGAAACCGGUGGAGAAGACGACGCCACGGAAGACGAUAAAAAAGACAAAGGAAAAGGAGAAAAUGGAGAAGAGUCACACCAAGGAGUCAGGGAGGAGCAGCAUUAAGACCUCCUCUCUGUUCAAACACAACCCAGACAUACCUGAGCUCCAGAGACCUGCCGUUUCACAGGUGAAAGAAAAGAUUUUCACCACUGAGUUGUUUUCUGACCUGGACCUUCACCCACACCUGGUGGCGACGUUGAGCAAAGUCCUGAAUGUUGAUAAACUGACAAGCGUUCAGAAACAGACGAUUCCAGCGCUGCUGUCGGGACGAGACGCAGUGGUUCGAUCUCAGACCGGGUCAGGAAAAACCCUGUCGUACGCCGUCCCACUGGUCCAGAACCUUCAAGCGGUGGAGCCAAAGGUCAGCAGGUCAGACGGUCCACUGGCCGUCAUCAUCGUCCCCACCAGAGAGCUCGCCCUGCAGACUUUUCAAACCCUCCAGAAGCUUCUGAAGCCAUUCACCUGGAUUGUCCCAGGUGUUCUAAUGGGGGGAGAGAAGAGGAAAUCUGAAAAGGCCAGGCUACGAAAAGGUAUCAACAUCCUGGUCUCCACGCCGGGCCGUCUGGUGGACCAUAUCAAAAACACCCUGAGCAUCGCCUUCAGCGCUGUUCGCUGGCUGAUCCUGGACGAGGCCGACAGGAUUUUGGAUCUGGGUUUUGAGAAGGAUCUGAGCGUCAUAUUGAACAGUCUGAACAAGACCGGGCCGAGCAGACAGAACGUCCUGCUGUCGGCCACCAUGACGCAAGGUGUGACUCGACUGGCUGACGUCUGUCUGAACGACCCCGUCAGCAUCCACGUGUCUGGUUCCUCUAACCCCGACUCCGUCCCCGCCGCGACCUCUGACCCCGGCUCGGCCGCUCCGUCGGAGAGCUUCACGGUACCGGAGGCUCUGAGGCAGUUUGUGGUGGUGGUUCCCAGCAAGAUCCGCCUGGUGUGUCUGGCUGCGUUCAUCCGGGACAAGUGUCAGUUCUCUCAGAACAACAAAGUCAUCAUCUUCAUCUCCAGCUGCGAGGCCGUGGAGUUCCUCCACUCUCUCUUCACCUCUGUCCUUGCCGCAGACUCCGCCCAGCAGAAGUCUAAGACCACUUUCCUUCGUCUGCACGGAAACAUGAAGCAGGAGGAACGCUCCGAGGUCUUCCAGCAGUUCUCAGUCUCUCAGUCUGGAGUCCUGCUGUGUACGGACGUUGCAGCCAGAGGUCUGGACCUCCCUCAGGUCACCUGGAUUGUCCAGUACACCCCUCCCACGACAGCAGCGGAGUACGUUCACCGCGUCGGUCGUACGGCUCGCAUCGGAGAAAAAGGAAACAGCCUCCUCUUCUUGACCCCGGCCGAAACCGCCUUCAUCACUGAGCUGGCCAAUCACAACAUCAGCCUAUCGGAGAUGAAGCUGCUCAGCAUCCUGUCCAGUCUGAUGUUGGAUGACGCCUACAAGGGGCGGGGCAAGUACCACAGUAAGACGUCGACCAAAGCUCUGGAGCAGGAGACCAGGGAACGGGCCACAGUCCUGCAGACGCACUUCGAGAACUUUGUCCACACGGACGCUCAGUCGGUGCAGAGCGCCAAGAAAGCUCUCCAGUCCUUCCUGCGAGCCUACACCACCUACCCUGCUCACCUCAAACACAUCUUCCACAUCCGCUCCCUCCACCUUGGCCAUGCUGCCAAGAGCUUCGGCCUCAGGGACGCUCCCCAGGGUCUGAGCGCCGCCUCCGGUCGGGCGAGCCGCGGCGACAGAAAGGAGCAGAACAAGAACCAGAACCAGAACAGGAAGACGGGCGGUGGAGAGAAGAGGUUCUGUCCCAGGCAGAGGGAGGUCAGUCUGAUCUGCUCAGAGUUCUCCAGCGGGUUGGACAACGAAGACGCCAAGAAGAAAAGGAAGAAGAAGAUGAAGGUGGAGGAGUUCGAUCAGAUGUCAUGAGAAAACGAGGAAAAAUUGGGAGUAUCGGGAAACAUUCGUCCGUGUACUGAACCGAACUGAUGACAGAGUUCAUGUUAGACGGUCAUUUCUCUCAAGAUUGGCCUAAACGAGGCUAAAGGAUGUUUUUGACCAAGUCGUGGCCAAAAUAUUUGCUGUUUUAUAAGAAGAAUAUUGUUUUUCUUAAACAGAUGUAUAAAAUGACUUAAGGUGUUUGAAGACAAACACUGUUUAAAAUAAAUCAUUCAGUCCAAACGGGCUGUGUCUUAGUGUUUUUUCACUUGGUAAACGACAUUAUUUUGAACGGAAAAUAAAGAAAACUAA